AAAGUCUUUUUGAACCCAUAAAUAUCUAAAUAAAACAGCCCAUUUUUGUAUUGCGAUUGCUCGAGAAAUCCCUAUACAAAAACUACUGUUUUGUCACUCUCCAAAGGAUGGUUCAGUGGUUGAUCUUACUAGUGCAAAGGAGAGGCUGCUUUAACUCCUGAUGCAUUGCAUAGCUUGUUUAAUCAUUGUAGACACUGAAGGACGUUGGAUUUUAGCCGGCCGAUGGACUUGAUCGUUUAUGUAAUGAAGUUGCUGAAGAAGUUGGAAAAUUGAUGCACUUGAGAUAUAUAAACUUUGCCUGUAGUGAAAAAGUAGAAAGGCUGCCUGAAGCACUCUACAACAUACUUAAUUCGGAGAAUUUGAGUGUUACAGGAUGCCUAAAUCUGAAGCAUUUGCCAGAGUCGAUAGGAAAAUUACUCAAUUUGAGGAUACUUGUUACUAAUGGUUGUUUAGCUCUGACCCACUACCCAAAAAACAUCCGGAAAUUGACUUCUCUUAGAAAUGUAGUCGGGGUCAUUGCUAGAGCUGAUAGGAAUGAUGAUAAAGAGUUUAGCCUUGCUGAUCUUGGAAACUUGAAGCAUCUCCGUACAGUUUGGAUGAAAGUUGUGGGAAAUUCAAUUGAUAAAGACGAGGCUAGAGAAGCUGAACUUCGGAAUGUGGAGGAGUUACUGAUAUAUUUGGAAGGAGAAGCUGAAGAAGAUGACAUAAAAGAAGCCUUACAUCCGCCUCCAGGCAUAAGAUUUAGUUUCAGGGACGACUAUUGGCUCAUUCCGCCAGGCCUCAGAUAAAAAGGUACUCCAUGACCAUUUAUAUCCUACAUGCUGGCUCUUCAAAUUCAUGUUCUUAUUUGAACAAUACUAAUUUCUAAAGCUUCCUAUUUUUGUUGAUUUUGCAGAUGCGUGUUUUUCUCUACGGGGCGCAUGCUUGCUUCUCCAAGGUAAUGGUUUAGUAUUUGGAACAAUACUAAAAAAUUUUUAUUUUG